AUGAAUAAACGACUACUAAUAUCAUGUAAUAGAAACAUACCAACGAGACAUUUACUACUAUCAAGAACCAUACCCAGAAGAUCAUCACAUCAAUAUCAUCAACAACUUAUUAUACCCUCUAGAAAUAUAGGAUUUAUUAAAAUAAUAGCAAGAGCAACAAAACUACCAGCAUAUAUUGGAGGUACUAUGGCAGCUGGUGGAACUUAUGUUGCAUAUAAAGUUGAACAAGCUAGCUCUUAUACUCAAGAUAAACUAAAUGCAUUUAAAGAUUUUACCGAUGGAAUAUUUGAUGGAACAGGUGAAUUUUUCAAAGGAAUGAAAGGAAGUGAAAAUGCUAGCGGUAGUGGUAGUGGUGGCGAUGGUGGUGGUAGUGGAGAUAAUGCAACAACUGCAUUGGGGGCAACUGCAGCAGCUGUGGGUUUAACAUCAGAUGAUGAUGAAGAUACGGUGGUAGAUGAUGACGAAGAAGAAGAAGAAGAUAUGGAGACAUUAAUUGAAGAAGAAGAUGAAGAUAUACCUGAUGACACAGAUGAUCAUAUGUUGAAUCUUACAAGACAAAUGAUUGAGAUAAGAAAUUUAUUAUCAAGUAUAGAUCACGAUGGUAUAAAAUUACCUUCUAUAGUUGUUAUUGGUUCACAAUCAAGUGGUAAAUCAUCAGUAUUAGAAAGUAUUGUUGGACAAGAAUUUUUACCAAAAGGUUCAAAUAUGGUUACAAGAAGACCAAUAGAAUUAACUUUAGUUAAUACACCAGAGUCAGCAUCAAAUGUUGCAGAAUUACCUGCAUUAAAAAUGUAUAAUUUAACGGACUUUACACAAUUGCAAAAAAUCUUAUAUGAUUUAAAUAUGGCUGUUCCUGAAACCGAUUGUAUAUCAAAUGAUCCGAUUCAAGUAACUAUAAGGUCUCCAAAAGUUCCAGAUUUAUCUUUAGUUGAUUUACCUGGUUACAUUCAAGUGGAAGCUGCAGAUCAACCAAUUGAAUUGAAAAAAAAAAUUAGAGAUCUUUGUUUGAAAUAUUUGGAACCACCAAAUAUUAUAUUGGCAAUUUCAGCUGCCGAUGUCGAUUUAGCAAAUUCUGCAGCAUUAAGAGCUUCAAGAGUAGCCGAUCCAAGAGGUGAACGUACUAUUGGUGUCAUAACUAAAUUAGAUUUAGUGAAACCAGAAGAAGCAAGAAAAAUUUUGACAAAUCGAAAAUAUCCUUUGAGGUUGGGAUACGUUGGUGUCAUAACAAAAGCACCACAAGCUAAAGAGUCUGGAUUAUUCUCAAGACAUAAAGUAACUGGUUACCAAGCAUUUGUAGCUCAACAAAAUUUUGAACAUAACUACUUGAAAGAAAAUAAAGAAGAGUUCUAUGGUACUACCGUGGGUACAAAAAAUUUGAAAAAGAAAUUAAUGAAAGUUUUGGAAAAAACAAUGGCUGCAUCAUUAAGACCAACUCAUUUAGCUAUACAACAAGAAUUAGAAGAAACCUCAUACCAAUUUAAAGUUGAAUUUAAUGAUUUACCAUUGACUCCCGAAAUGUAUUUAGCUAAUAAUAUUGAUAUGUUAAAAUUAGGUACAAAAGAUUUAAGUCAUAAUUUUUCAAGAAAUGAAUUAAAAUCAAUUUUGAAAAAUGCAUUAGAUCAAAAAAUAUUGGAUUUAUUAGCAGAAAGAUAUUGGAAUAAGCCAUUUGAUUUGAAUGCUGCAAGUCUUGAACCAAAUUUAAAGGAGUUGACACAAGCUAUACAUGAUGGUGAUUUAUACUGGCAUAAAAAGCUAGAUUUGACUUCUGGCUCUUUAACUAAAUUAGGAGUCGGUAGAUUAUCGACAAAUCUUAUAACGAAUGCAUUAUUGACCGAGGUUGAAAACUUGGUUGAUAACACUCAACUCAAAAAUCAUCCAAUGGCAAAACAAGCUGUAAAAGAUGCAGCAAAAAGCGUAUUAAGCACCAAAUACUAUUCAACUGCAGAUCAAGUUGAGAAUUGUAUCAAACCAUAUAAAUAUGAAAUUGAAUUAGAAGAUCGAGAAUGGCAAAGCUCAAAAGAUAAUGCAGUCAAUCUAUUGAAAGAAGAAAUGAGACAAUGUGAUGAAGUUUAUAAUGAUUUGAAACAUCAAGUUGGAGGUAGAAAAUUACAACAGGUUGUAACAUAUUUGGAAAAAUUAAAACAACAAAAGCAAGAAAAUAUAGAUUUUUCAAGUAAUGAAACACUAGGGUUUUCACCAACUUUAAUACAACGUGGUAAAGAUGCAAUAUUUUUGAAAGAUAGAUUAUCUUUGCUAAAAAUGAGAUAUCAAUUUAUUAAAAAUUCCAAAAAAUGUAAAUCAAAAGAAAAUAAAUAUCAAUGUCCAGAAAUAUUUUUGGAUGCUGUAGCUACAAAAAUUUCAACGACUGCAAUUUUAUUUUUAAAUGUUGAAUUAUUAAGUGAUUUUUAUUAUAAUUUCCCAAGAGAACUUGAUUUGAAAUUCUUUAACAAUUUAUCAAAAGAGGAUAUUGAAAAAUUUGCAAAAGAAGAUUCAAAAGUUAAAAAACAUAUUGAAUUACAAGAACGUAAAGAUUUGUUGGAAAAUGCAUUGAGUAAAAUUGAAAGUGUUUUGGCUAUACAAAGAACUCAAAAGAAGACUAAUGAAGAUGAACAAAAAUCUAUAUUUAAAUGGUAG